UCUUUCCACCAUCCCUAACAAAACGACAUAACGGUGCUUUUCCCGCUCAGAGCAGUGUGGAUUGUAAAUUCUAUAUUUUUGGCUUUGUUUUGAUUCCCAAGAUAUAAGAUGAAUUCGCAGAAGGAAGACGUUCCAUCAGAACAUCUAGUGGAAGGUUUGGACGACUUGCUGGCCAAGAAGUCGACCAGCGAUCAGCUUGGGGACCAAACUCAAAAGUCACCCACGCCAUUUUUGAACGGCGACUGCGCGUCGUAUACAUCGCUUCCCGACGCCGCAAGCGAUACAUCAUCGGGAGUCCUGGCUAUCAAUGAGAUGGAUGCCUCAGAUGCAAAGACACCUAAGGUCAAUGGAAACCGCAGCAAGGCUGCCUCUUUCCAGGAUAUCCAUUCGGCGUACAUCAAACGCCGCUACCAGCACGUGACCAGCAAGGUUGGAAAGUAUAUAGCCGACAUGCAUGCCGAGGAUGAGGCUCGUCGGGCAAGCUUGUCCUCGUCGACCUUUGAACGGCAUUGCUCUUUGCCGAAUUCCUUGAACCCAACGUCACUUAGCCCCACCGAUAUGUUCAAGAAGGAUGGUUCGCUGACAGACUGCAGUGAGAAAGGUGAUGCCUUCAACAAAGUGCCCUACCAUCGCCUGGUUGAGGAGAUAAAGGAAUUGAAAAAGGAGCAGGAACGUCAGAUCUCGUACAACAACUAUAUACAAUCAAAGCUGGAUAAGAAGGUGAUCGAAUCGAUGCAGAUGAGGGUGAACUUUGAGAAUCUGCGAACCCAACUGAAUGAUUGCAAGACGCAGCUGAGCAGCUACCAGACAGGUUCGCUGCGAUCCCUCAACUGGCCGCCAGCCGCCAAAACAAAGGGCACCCAAACUGACCUCCAAAGAGAUGUCAUUUUUUCAGCUUGCGCUGACUCUACAAUGGGGGACAUUAUGAUUGAAAAUUCAUCUUAUAACAAUAGCGAUUUGUCCAAUAUGAUUGCUAGAAAUAACCCUCAUGCUGUAACAUGUGAGGAUUUGACUUACGAGAGCUUCAGGGGCGCCGCUAAAGGCGGCGAGGUUAGCAGCAGCUCCCGUUCGGGCCUGGCACUCAACUCUUUGGAUGUUCACAUUUCAAGCGAUGAUGAUUCCAUCGUUGAGGUGGAUGCCUCAAUGAUGCCUCCAGAUUGGCGCCAUCAACGUCAUGCCAAUGCUCUUUACUAUUUCGACAAGAGCCAGAAUCGUAUCAUUGAAAUGGUGUCCGUAGACCUCAACCAGUUGAAGGGCGACAACCAGGGUCAGGGAGAGGCUCCAGCUAAUUACUCCGUUUCGAUCCAGAACAAGCAGCGAUCACUGGGCAGUCGCAUGAUCCAUCUGUUGGUACCGUGUCUGCGUUGCAGUGAGGCCGAUGAAUCCAUCUCGAUUGAAAUAAAAUCAUGUUCCAUUGGCCAACCGACCCAGGAGGAUGAAGACUCCGUCGCUACCAACACCGUCGAUCGUCGUUAAUAUCCAUAUAUAUAUAUUUAUAUUCGUUUAAAUUAUGUAUCCGGUUAAUUUUAUGUUCUCCUUUCGUUUAUCCGAUCAAUGCUCGCAUAUAAAGUAUUUUGGAAUACUAUAAAAGUUUAUUUAUAUAAGUAUCGGAGUGAGGCUAACUGGAUUAUGCCGAGCUUUUAUUUUGUUUAUUUUUUUGUUUAUUUUUAUGUUUAACAGUAUCUUAUAUGUAUUUAUGUACAUUCCUUUCAAGACAUUUCAAGAAUAAAGUUUAUAAAAUUAAAA